AUGAACCACCAUCUGCCCCCGCUGCCUCACGGGCAACCACCCGUGCCGCCCCCUCGCCGGCAGCAUGAUAUGCCAUAUGCUUCUGCGCCGCCUGCUAUGCGCUCUUCUCCAGCCUAUAUGGGCUACCAUCACCCUCAUUCCCAUGCGACCGGCCCUCUUCCUCCAUACGCGCCGCACCAGUAUCAGCAGCAAUGGUAUCCUUAUCAACAGAUGCCACAACCUCCGCCACCUCCACCGUACCAAUCAUAUAGCCCUUUGAUCGUUUCCUCUUACCCUCGUUCACAGCAUAUCGCGCCCGGUCCUCCGUCCUUCCCUUUACAAACACCGCCAACCUCGUCAACACCUCAACAUUCCUCCUUCACUUCCACGCCACCCCCUGCAGCACCCACUUCCACCACGUCAGAUUUGCAAGAAGAUGUUUCUUCAGCAAGACAAGGAGAGGCUCAGCCAACGAAAGUAGAUGAAACUUUGACAUCUCCCGUUGCUGUGCGGACUCCCAGUUCAGUGAUCCCCCAAGCCCCAACCAACGAAUCCUUGAAGGAUCAAGCAGUUGCUAGAGAGCCGUUUCAGCCACCGCUUCCUUGGUUAUCAGUUCCCGAGGUUCCGUUCCCUCAACGAUCGUCAAGACGACGUCGAAAACCCAGAGUGACAACGCAAUCUGUGGCUCUUUCAUUCAAAGCCAACGACGCGACCAAUGAACCCCCUAAGACCACCAGUGAAUUAGUAUCCCCGUUGCCUGAGCGUUCUGUUACUCCCACUCCGACAACCUCUCAUCCCCCUUCUGAGCCUGCAUCGACACAACCAACAACUCCGUUGUCUGCUGCCAACCCACAAGCAGCAAUCCAUACCCGCCAAACUUCGCAAACGAAUGCGUCACGGCCAAUAGUCCCUAUCAUCCCAGUUGUUCCCAUUGUGCCAACUAGUCCCGUUGUUCCGAAACAGGGGCAACAAGUCACUAGGAAGCCUAAUGGAUCCGCAAAGCCCAGCGGAUCGAAAGAUACUGAUGAGCCAACGCAGCCUAACGAGAGCAAAAUAGAGAAACAGGAUGCCAGUAUCGUGCCUCCCCCUCGUUUACAGCCAAAGUCCUGGGCCGACCUUGUUCGAACAAAGAAAUCGACCACGGCUCACAAUGUCGUGUCUUCAUCGGGAACCAGCGGAUUGGCGCCAUCGAAAACCGAGUCUCUUGUUGACGUUAUUAACAGUCUAGGCUCCGAUGUAGAUCUCUAUAACAAUAAGAUUACCUUUAUCGAGCCCCGAGGCCUUGUAAAUACAGGGAAUAUGUGUUAUAUGAAUUCCAUUCUGCAAGUUCUCAUCUUCUGCGUCCCGUUUUAUGAUUUCCUUGAUCGGAUCAGUCGUCGUGCUGCGCACAGUUUCAAGAGCGAGCUUCCAUUCCUUGAUGCAAUGAUUAUGUUUAUGAGAGAAUUUAGAGUAAUCGAUUCGGCGACCUCGGUUGAGCAGUUGAGACUACGCCUGAAGCAAAACGAACUUGAGCAAUACGGGGCAUCAUUUAUUCCAGAAUAUGUUUAUCAGGUCAUCAGGCAUCUUCCUCGUUUUAGAGACAUGCGACGAGGUCACCAGCAAGACGCUCAAGAGUUUCUCGGUUUCCUAUUUGAGGAACUUCACGAAGAAUGUUUGCAUGCAAUGAAAAGUUCUGCUACAACAUCGGAAACGGCUAGCGUUAAUGAUGUCGACGCUACUUCCAUGACAGAUGACUCCACUACAGAGGGAUGGCUGGAGGUUGGGCAUAAGCAAAAGCCCGCUGUGACACGGUCGGCCGGACACAUCGCUGCAGAAUCUCCUAUCACAAAGAUAUUCGGUGGGAAGAUUAGAUCCGAGUUUAGGGUGCCUGGAAAUAAAAAUUCGGUUACCCUAGAACCCUACCAGUCGCUUCAACUUGACAUCGGUUCUCCUCAAGUUAACAAUAUCAUCGAUGCAUUGAAAGGGCUCACCAGACCAGAAACUAUGCAUGGAGACUUCAGCUCAUCACGCGGUACCAAAGCCACUGCCACCAAACAGGUGUUUAUCGAGAGUCUUCCACCGGUUUUGAUUCUUCACUUGAAGCGUUUUCAAUAUGACAAUGUAACGAAGGGCACCCAGAAAAUUUGGAAGAAAGUUGGAUACCCCUUGGAACUUGAAAUUCCGAAAGAAGUUUUCCCCCCACACCGACGGAAUAUACUCGCUGCCCAGGGUGGAGGUCUUCCCAAGUAUCGACUUACUGGUGUUAUUUACCACCAUGGCAAAAAUGCAAGUGGGGGCCAUUAUACGGUCGAAAUCCGCCGUCAAGAUGGACGCGAAUGGGUCCGUAUUGACGAUACUGUCAUCCGCCGUGUCCGAAGCGAGGAUGUUGCGUUUGGAGGAAAUGACGAAGACCCAAAGGCCUUGGCGGCUGCUCUUGAACAGCACAAGUCUAUGGAGGACGGACAGUCGAACAUCUUCCGCCAUUUCGAUCAAGACGAUGACCAGGACAACGAUCGUGGAUGGAACCACGUCAACGGCUCAGGCUCAGGCCAUGCAAGCAAAAAAUCAGUCAGCACUCUAGCCAAUGGAACGGGCACGCAGAACACCGCAUCUGGCGACGCCUCUGGGAAGGGAACCCCUAGCAGCCGGUUGGCAGCUCGGGAGAACAAGGUCGCAUAUCUCCUCUUUUACCAACAAAUUUAA